GUUUACAACACUGUUUAUGUGUUGGAUGUGGCGUGGGUAACAGUGUAUUCCCUAUUGUUAAUUCGAUAAAAGAAAUGGACGCUUUUCUUUACUGUUGUGACUUCUCCCCGUGUGCCAUUCAGCUGGUCAAGGACCAUCCAAACUACGAUGACUCUGUGUGUCAUGCCUUUGUCCAUGACAUUUGCGAGGAGGUGGCCUCCUUUCCCUUCCCUCCUCAGAGCCUGGAUGUUAUUCUGGCAGUCUUUGUGCUCUCCUCCAUUCAUCCAGACCGAAUUCAAGGAGUUGUGAACAGACUAUCGACAUACCUGAAACACGAAGGGAUGUUCCUCUUUCGGGAUUAUGGGAGAUACGACUUAUCACAACUCAGGUUCAAGAAGGGGCGGUGCUUAUCUGAGAAUUUCUACACCCGAGGAGAUGGAACCUGCGCGUACUUUUUCACUAAAGAAGAAGUUCAUGAUUUAUUUGCCAACGCUGGACUGGAAGAAGUUCAGAAUCUGGAGGACAGACGUCUCCAAGUGAACAGAGGAAAGAAAGUAGCAAUGCACCGGGUUUGGAUGCAGAGCAAAUACAGAAAAUUAUAUCCACCGUCACCAUCUUAAUGUCCCAUCAUGUACAAUAUAUUUUUGGAGCUAUAUUACUUUUUUUAUACUUUGAUAUUUAUUUAUUCAAUCCUGAAAAAUGUUUUUUACCAACAAAACUCUAUGCAAUAAACUUGCA